CAGCUGUGUGCUGUCGCCCAGCGUUUCUCUGGAGGGAGGCUGGGAAGGCUUUGGCGGCUUUGGGAGACCAAUAAACUUAAACAUAACUGGUGUGUGGCUAAUCACAGAGUUGGAAUCAGACUGAGCCCCUUGUGAAUGAGCUUUUAAAACUUGCCAACAUGGCGGACACUGGAGACGAAUAUGAUGAGUUUGGAGAUGAGGAAGAUGAAGAAAUCAUGGGGGUGAUUACAACAACAACAACGACGUACUCUGAGCAGCACACUCAGUCCUCUCAGUCUGGCUUGCCCACCAGGAAAGUCAGAAGGAAGGCCAAGGUCGAUACUUCCAAGUUUAUGACUCCAUACCUGGCCCACAGCCAGAAGAUGCUGGAUCAAUACAGCCACAAUAAAUACCGCCAAGCUUAUGACCUGUCCAGAGGGGAGCCUCCCGCUUUCACCCCCGACACCCCUGAACUGAUCCGUAUCAGGAAGGCCCAGGAGCAGCUGAGCGAGGUGAAGUACCGCAUGGAGGGAAACAAGGCUCGAACAACCAGCUUGUACGGCGGUGACGCCAGAGAGGUGGUCCACGUCAAGCACGUGUCAGAUCUGAUCAGCAAGGUUCUGUACAGACAGAAGUGGGAUGAGACGAAGGACAAGUACCUGCUACCUCCCGACGCUCCUGAGUUGGUUCUGGCUGUGAAGAACGCCGGUAACUAUAGCAAGAAAUUGUACACAGAAGCCUGGGACGAGGAGAAGACCAUGUACUACCCUUACAGCGACAGCCCUGAGUUGCGCAGGGUAGCUAAGGCUCAGGAGGUCCUCAGUGAUAUCAAAUAUAAAAAGGGACACGAUGAGCGCAAAGCCAAGUACACGUCCUUGCCUGAUCCUCCAGAGGUGGAACUGGCCAAGAGAGUCGCCCAUCAGCGCAGUGAUCUGAAAUACAAGGAAGACUACAAUAAAAACGUUAGGGGUCAGUGGUGUGAGACGCCUUACUUUGACAUCGCCAUCGCCAGGAUGGCAAUGGAUAAUCUCAGCGACAGAAAAUACACUCAAGAGUUUGAGAAUAUCAAAGACCAAAUCUACUUCAUGCAAACAGACACACCUGUGUACGACGCAUGCAAGAAGGCUCGCAUUGCUGCUAGUGAGGUCCAAUACAAGAAAGAGUUUGAAAAGACAAAAGCCCAGUGUGACUACAAUACACUCCCCGCUACAGAGAACCCGCUCCUGAGACAGCUUAGAUACGCUGGCACCAUCCUUAGUGAUAAAGUAUAUAAGGCCAGCUAUGAGAAAUCCAGGGGUUUCAGCAUCAACUACUGUGACACACCAAAGUUUCAGAUGGACUCAGUGCUCAAAAAGUUCUCUGAUAUACAUUACAAAGAGAAGUAUGACCGGGAGGUAAAGGGACAUUAUAUCGGCAGCUAUGAAGACCUCUACAUGCUUCACUGCCAGAAAGUUGAGGAAUUUAAAAAUGAGCAAUUAUAUAAAGCGGAAUAUGAAGACAUAAAAACGAGAUGCUUCUUCCCUCAAACUGUUACUCCUGAGUAUGAGGCUACGAAGAAGCUUCAGCAGUGCAGUGACAAAACUUACCGGCAACAUCCCGACAAAGUGAAGUUUACACAAGUGGUGGAUUCCCCAGUCCUCGUCCAAGCCAGCAUCAACGCCAAGCAGCUAAGUGACUUGAACUACAAGGAAAAGUUUGAGAAAACAAAGUUCAAGUACAGCCUGCCCCCGGACUACCCGUUCUUCAUCCAGUCCAGAGUUAACGCCUACAACCUGAGCGAAAGCUGCUACAAGUACGACUGGGAGAAAACCAAAGCAAAGAAGUUUGAAAUCAAGGGUGACGCCAUCCCAAUCCUAGCUGCCCGGGCUCACACGAACAUUGCCAGCGACGUUAAGUACAAAAAGGAGUACGAAAAGAACCGGGGACACAUGGUUGGAGCCCUCAGCAUUAAUGACGACCCCAAGAUCUUGCACUCCGUUCAUGUUGCCAAAAUCCAAAGCGACCGGGAAUAUAAGAAGAACUAUGAAAAAAUCAAGACCAAGUACCAUACACCACUUGAUAUGAUAUCAGUCACCCUGGCCAAGAAGUCUCAGACAAUCGCCAGCAUGUCGGGCUACAGGAAGAUCAACCCCAACUACUUCCUGCCGUACGACAGCGUGCUGCUGGACCUGGCCAAGAAGGCCAACAUCAUCCAGAGUGAUAAUGAGUAUAAAGCUGAGUACAACAACUAUGUCAGAGGAACCCCAUGGAUCCCAUACGGCUCCUUGGAUGUAGAAAAGGCAAAGAAAGCUGCUGAGAUUCUCAACGAGAGAAAGUACAGACAGGCCCCAGACACGAUUCCAUUCACAUCUAUAGACGACCAUCCCAUAAUGCUGCAGGCAAAAGUCAACCAGCUUCAGAGGAGUGAUCUGUUCUACAAGAGAGGUCUUGAGGAAAUCCAUCAAAAGUACUCUUUGCCUCCUGAUGCUCCAGAGUUCCUCCAAGCCAAGUGUAAUGCCUACAACAUCAGCAAGAAUUACUACAAGUAUGACUGGGAAGCGCUGAUCGCCAAAGGUUAUGACCUGAAGCCCGAUGCGAUCCCGGUUGUUGCUGCUAAAGCAGCCAGACACGCUGUCAGCAACGUCCAGUACAAAAAGGCCUACGAGAAGGCCAGAGGCCACCAUGUUGGCUUCCGCAGCCUCCAGGACGAUCCGCUCCUGGUUCACUACAUGCAAGUGGCAAAGAUACAGAGUGACAAGCUUUACAAGCAGGACUACAACAAGGCCAAGCUGAAGUACCACACUCCAGUGGACAUGCUGAGCCUGGUCCAUGCUAAGCACGCCUCAGCCGUGCAGACAUUUGCCGGCUACAAGCAGCACCACCACAAUUACUUCCUUCUGCCUGAUGCAAUGAAUCUUCAGCUCGCUCGCACCAUGAACUAUAACGUCAGUGAUAACUACUAUAAAAUGGAUUAUGAGACUUCGGUGAAAGGAAUUGGCUGGGUUCCUAUUGGUUCGCUGGAUGUAGAGAAGGCAAAGGCGGCAGCAAUGGCUUUAGAUGAGAAAAAGUACAGGCAGCACCCUUCCACAAUCAAAUUCACCAGUGUUACAGACUCCAUGAACAUGGAGCUGGCCAAAGCAAAUGCCAAGAUCAUGAAUGUGAAAGAUUAUAAAGCCAGUGGAGAGAAGUUCAUGCACACUUACCAUCUCCCAGCUGAUACCCCUGAACUGAUGCAAGCCAGGUGCAAUGCUGUUAACAUCAGCCAGAACUAUUACACUUACGCACAUCGUCAAGAUAUCCUCAAGGGACAUCACGUGAAGGAAGAUGCUAUUCCCGUUUUAGCUGCCAAAUCUUCAAGAGACAUUGCCAGUAAUUACAAAUAUAAGCUGGCUUACGAGAAGGCCAGAGGCCACCAUGUUGGCUUCCGCAGCCUCCAGGACGACCCUCUGCUGGUGCAUUACAUGCAAGUGGCAAAGAUGCAGAGCGAGAAGAACUACAAGAAGGACUACCACAAGGCCAAGCUGAAGUACCACACCCCGGUGGACAUGCUGAGCGUGGUCCAAGCCAAGCAGGCCUCUACCGUCCAGACCAUGACUGGAUACAGGAAAGUCCCACACAGCUUCCUCCUGCUGCCUGACAACAUGCACCUGCAGCUGUGCCGCAACAUGAUGGAGAUCCAGAGUGAUAAUGUCUAUAAAUCAGAAUACAACAACUACUUCAGAGGUAUCGGCUGGGUACCAAUCGGUUCUUUGGAUGUUGAGAAAGCCAAGGCAGCCAAAGCUGCACUGGAUGACAGAGGUUACCGCCAGCAUCCCAGCUCCUUCAAGCACACCAGCAAGACCGAUGACAUGAACAUGUCUCUAGCUUUGGCCAACUCGAAGCAAAUGGACAAAAUUGCAUACAAAGCAUCUGGUGAAAAAUUCAUGCACACCUACCACCUGCCAGCUGACAGCCCAGAGUUCCUCCAGGCUAAAUUCAACGCCCAAACCGUCAGCGAGAGUCUCUACAAGCAACAAUGGGUGCAAGAUAUUGCCAAGGGAUACGACAUGAAGCCUGAUGCUAUUCCCAUCCUCCAUGCCAAGCAUGGCAGACAUAUUGCCAGCAAUGUCCAGUACAAGAAAGAGUACGAGAAGGCCAGAGGCCACCAUGUUGGCUUCCGCAGCAUCCAGGAUGACCCCCUCCUGGUUCACUACAUGGAGGUUGCUAGGAUGCAGAGCGAGAAGAACUACAAGAAGGACUACCACAAGGCCAAGCUGAAGUACCACACCCCGGUGGACAUGCUGAGUGUGGUCCAAGCCAAGCAGGCCUCUGCCGUCCAGACCAUGACUGGAUACAGAAAGAUUCCUCACAGCCACCUGCUUCUGCCCGACAACAUGCAAUUGCAGCUGUGCAGACAUAUGAAUGUCCUGUCCAGUGAUGUUAAUUACAAAUCUGAAUGGAACGAAUUCAUCAGAGGCAUCGGAUGGGUACCGAUUGGGUCCCUUGGGGUUGAAACUGCUAAAGUUGGGGGUGAGAUCCAGAGCGACAGGAAGUAUAGGCAGCAUCCGUCUAACUUUAAAUUCAGCAAGCUGAUGGACUCCAUGGACUUGGCCCUGGCUACUGCCAACAAUCAAAUCAUGAACAAGAAAGCGUACACCUCUGCUUGGGAUAAAGACAAAUUGACCAUCCACGUCAUGCCAGAUUCUCCUGAAAUUGUCCUGGCCAAGGCAAACGCUCAGACAAUGAGCAAUAAACUGUACAAAGCCGGCGUUGUGGAGAUGGCCAAUAAGGGUUACAAUCUCAAAGCUGAUGCAAUUCCAAUUGUGGCUGCCAAGUCUGGUACCACUAUUGCCAGCAAUUACAAGUACAAGUUGGCCUACGAGAAGGCCAAAGGUCACCAUGUUGGCUUCCGCAGCCUCCAGGACGAUCCGCUCCUGGUUCACUACAUGCAAGUGGCAAAGAUACAGAGUGACAAGCUUUACAAGCAGGACUACAACAAGGCCAAGCUGAAGUACCACACUCCUGUGGACAUGUGGAGUGUGGUUCAGGCCAAGCAGGCCUCUGCUGCUCAGACUUUGAUCGGGUACAGACAGAUCCAGCACACCAACGCUCUCCUUCCCGACGCCAUGGGCCUGGAGCUCGCUCGCAACAUGAACUUCAAUUCAAGCGAUUGGAACUACAAGGCUGAAUGGAACAACUACUUUAGAGGUAUCGGAUGGGUCCCCAUCGGUUCACUUUCAGUGGAAACGGCCAAAGUUGGCGGCGAGAUCCUAAGCGAGAAGAAGUACAGACAGCAUCCGUCCAACUUCAAGUUUAAGAAAUUAAUGGAUUCCAUGGACGUGGCUCUGGCUACGGCCAACAACCAGAUCAUGAAUAAGAAAGCAUACACUGAAGCAUGGGAAAAAGACAAACUGAAAAUUCAUGUCAUGCCAGAUUCUCCAGAAAUUGUCCUGGCAAAGGCUAACGCCCUCAACAUGAGCAAUAAAUUGUACAAAGCCGGAGUGGUGGAGAUGGCAAAUAAAGGCUACAACCUCAAACCUGAUGCCAUUGCCAUAUUGGCUGCCAAGUCUGGUACCACCAUUGCCAGUAAUUACAAGUACAAGUUGGCCUACGAGAAGGCCAAAGGUCACCAUGUUGGCUUGCGCAACCUCCAGGACGAUCCGCUCCUGGUUCACUACAUGCAAGUGGCAAAGAUACAGAGUGACAAGCUUUACAAGCAGGACUACAACAAGGCCAAGCUGAAGUACCACACUCCUGUGGACAUGUGGAGUGUGGUUCAGGCCAAGCAGGCCUCUGCUGCUCAGACUUUGAUCGGGUACAGACAGAUCCAGCACACCAACGCUCUCCUUCCCGACGCCAUGGGCCUGGAGCUCGCUCGCAACAUGCAGUUUAUUGCCAGUGAUAAUGAGUACAAGAAGGAGUAUGAGAGCUACUUUAAGGGAAUAGGAUGGGUUCCUAUCGGGUCACUUGAUGUUGAGAAAGCCAAAACAGCGGGGCAGGUUUUCAGUGAAAAGCAAUACAGGAAGCAUCCCAGCAACUUUAAAUUCACUAAAGACAUGCACUCUAUGGACCUGGUUCUGGCCACUGCCAACAACCAAAUCAUAGAUAAGAAAUCCUACACAAGCGCUUGGGAUAAAGACAAAACUACCAUCCAUAUCAUGCCGGAUGCAAUGGAUGUUGUUCUUGCCAGGGAGAACAAGAAAAACUACAGUGAGAAACUGUACAAACUGGACAACGAGCUGGCCAAGAAGAAGGGCUACAACCUUCGUGCUGAUGCCAUUGCGAUCCAGGCUGCCAAAGCCUCCACUGUUAUUGCAAGUGAUUACAAGUACAAGACUGGAUACCGUAAGCAGGUCGGUCACCACAUCGGUGCCCGCUGCAUCCAGGACGACCCUCUGCUCAUGCUGGCUCUGAACUCGGCCAAGAUCGCCAGCGACGCUCUGUACAAGAAGGACUUCAACAAGUCCAAGACCAAGUUCAACCUGCCUGUGGACAUGCUGGCCUUUGAGCUGGCCAAGAAGAACCAGAUUCAGGUCAACCAUGCCAAUUAUAUCACACGUCUGCACAACUGGACUUGCCUGCCAGAUGCAAACGAUGUGGUCCAGGCCAGGCAUGCAUAUGACAUACAGAGCGAUAAUGUCUACAAGGAGGAUUUGAGGAUGUUGCAGGGUGUCGGCUGGGUGCCAAUAGGUUCACUGGAUGUUGAGAAGGCUAAAGUUGCUGCUCAGAUCCUGAGUGAAAAGAAAUAUCGCCAGCACCCGAGCAACUUCAAAUUCAAGUGCACUACUGAAGACAUGCCAAUGAUGCUGGCUAAGGCUAAUGCUCAGAACAUUAACAAGAAAGCUUAUACUGAAGCCUGGGACAAAGACAAGACCACCAACCAUGUCAUGCCUGAUGCCAUGGACAUUCUUCUGGCCAAAGCAAACAAAGUCAUCUACAGCGAGAAAUCAUACAAGCAGGCAAACGAAGAGGCAAAGAAGAAGGGCUAUGACCUCCGAAAUGAUGCCAUCUCCAUUAUUGCUGCAAAAGCCUCCAGGGAUAUUGCAAGCGAUUACAAGUACAAAACCGGAUACCGUAAGCAGGUCGGUCACCACAUCGGUGCCCGCAGCGUCCAGGACGACCCUCUGCUCAUGCUAGCUCUGACUCGGCCCAAGAUCGCCAGCGACGCUCUGUACAAGAAGGACUUCAACAAGUCCAAGACCAAGUUCAACCUGCCUGUGGACAUGCUGAAUCUAGAACUGGCCAAGAAAUGCCAGAUCCAGGUCAACGACUUCAACUACAGGACUCGCCUGCACCAGUGGACCUGCCUGCCCGACUCCAACGACGUGGUGCAGGCCAGGCAUGCAUAUGACCUACAGAGUGAUGCCGUCUACAAGGAGGAUUUGAGGAUGUUGCAGGGUGUCGGCUGGGUGCCAAUAGGUUCACUGGAUGUUGAGAAGGCUAAAGUUGCUGCUCAGAUCCUGAGUGAAAAGAAAUAUCGCCAGCACCCGAGCAACUUCAAAUUCAAGUGCACUACUGAAGACAUGCCAAUGGCACUGGCUAAGGCUAAUGCUCAGAUCAUGAACAAGAAAGCAUACAGUGAAGCCUGGGACAAUGAGAAGACAAAGAUCCACAUCAUGCCAGAUGCCAUGGACGUCCUUCUUGCUAAAGCAAACAGUUAUUAUUACAGCUUGAAAAAUUACAAACAAGCUAAUGAAGAUGCUAAGAAGAAGGGCUACAAUUUGCGUGCCGAUGCCAUAUCCAUCAUUGCAGCCAAGACAACCAGGGACAUUGCCAGUGAUUACAAGUACAAGACUGGAUACAGGAAGCAGGUCGGUCACCACAUCGGUGCCCGCUGUGUCCAGGACGACCCUCUGCUCAUGCUGGCUCUGAACUCGGCCAAGAUUGCCAGCGACGCUCUGUACAAGAAGGACUUCAACAAGUCCAAGACCAAGUUCAACCUGCCUGUGGACAUGCUGACCCUUGAGCUGGCCAAGAAAUGCCAGGUCCAGGUCAACGACUUCAACUACAGGACUCGCCUGCACCAGUGGACUUGUCUUCCAGACUCUAACGACGUGGUGCAGGCCAGGCAUGCAUACGACCUUCAGAGUGAUGCUGUGUAUAAAGAGGAUCUAAGAUUGAUGCAGGGUAUUGGAUGGGUGCCAAUAGGUUCCCUGGAUGUUGAGAAGGCGAAGAAAGCUAAUGAGAUUCUAAGUGAAAGGAGCUAUCGUCAACACCCAAGCACAUUCAGAUUCAAGAGCACUACUGAGGAUAUGCCCCUGGCACUAGCAAAAGCCAAUGCUCAAGUUAUGAACAAGAAAGCUUACAUCGAAGCCUGGGAGAAUGAAAAGACAAAGAUCCAUGUCAUGCCUGAUGCUAUGGACGUUCUUUUGGCCAAAGCAAACAAUGUCAUCUAUAGUGUGAAAAAAUACAAACAGGCAAAUGAAGAUUCCAAAAAGAAAGGCUAUGACCUGCGUGGUGACGCCAUUUCCAUUCUUGCAGCCAAAGCAUCCAGAGACAUUGCCAGCGAUUACAAGUACAAAACCGGAUACAGGAAGCAGGUCGGUCACCACAUCGGUGCCCGCUGCGUCCAGGACGACCCUCUGCUCAUGCUGGCUCUGAACUCAGCCAAGAUCGCCAGUGAUGCUCUGUACAAGAAGGACUUCAACAAGUCCAAGACCAAGUUCAACCUGCCUGUGGACAUGCUGAAUCUAGAACUGGCCAAGAAAUGCCAGAUCCAGGUCAACGACUUCAACUACAGGACUCGCCUGCACCAGUGGACUUGUCUUCCAGACUCCAAUGACGUGGUGCAGGCCAGACUUGCAUACGACCUGCAGAGUGACGCCGUCUACAAAGCCGACCUGAAGUGGCUCCAGGGUCUGGGCUGGGUCCCCAUUGGUUCGCUGGAUGUGGAGAAAGCCAAGAAAGCUGCAGAGGUUUUGAGUGACAGGAAGUACCGUCAGCACCCCAGCACUGUAAAAUUCACCAGUCCCAUCGAUGCCAUGAACAUUGUGCUGGCAAAGAGUAACGCAAUGACAAUGAACAAGCGCCUCUACACUGAGGCAUGGGAGAAUGAAAAGACCAAGCUGCACAUCAAGCCUGACACUCCUGAGAUUGUGCUCUCUCAACAAAAUGCCAUCAACAUGAGCAAGAAACUGUACAAACAAGGCUUUGAGGAAACCAUCAGUAAAGGCUACUUCCUUCCUCCGGAUGCAGUUUCUGUCAAGGCUGCUAAGACCUCCAGGGAUAUCAUCAGUGAUUACAAGUACAAGACUGGAUACAGGAAGCAGGUCGGUCACCACAUCGGUGCCCGCUGCGUCCAGGACGACCCUCUGCUCAUGCUAGCUCUGAACUCGGCCAAGAUCGCCAGCGACGCUCUGUACAAGAAGGACUUCAACAAGUCCAAGACCAAGUUCAACCUGCCUGUGGACAUGCUGAAUCUAGAACUGGCCAAGAAAUGCCAGAUCCAGGUCAACGACUUCAACUACAGGACUCGCCUGCACCAGUGGACCUGCCUGCCCGACUCCAACGACGUGGUGCAGGCCAGGAAGGCCUACGACCUCAAGAGUGACGCUGUGUACAAAGCCGACAUGGAUGAAGUGAUCGGUGUAGGAUGGGUGCCCAUCGGUUCUCUGGAAGUGGUGAAAGCCAAGAACGCUGCAAAGAUUCUGAGCGACCGUCUCUACAGGCAGAAACCGGACACAUUCAAAUACAAAACCGAUAUGACUGCCAUGCCCCUGGUCUUAGCCAAAACAAAUGCAGAGACCAUCAAUAAGAAAAACUACAUUGCUGCAUGGGAAGCAGACAAAUUAAAGACCCAUAUGAUCCCAGACCUUCCUGAAAUCCUGCUUUCCAGAGCUAACGCCUACAACAUCAGCAAUAAAAAUUACAGAGAAGCGGUCGAGAAAAUGUUCAGAAAGGGCUACAACAUGAUGCCUGACGCUGUUUCUGUUGUUGCCGCUAAACACGGAAGAGAAAUCAUCAGCGAUUAUAAAUACAAGACCGGAUACAGGAAGCAGGUUGGUCACCACAUCGGAGCACUCAGCUGUCAGGACGACCCUCUCAUCGUGCUGGCUCUGAACUCGGCCAAGAUCGCCAGCGAUGUUUUGUACAAGAAGGACUUCAACAAGUCCAAGACAAAGUUCCACCUCCCAGUGGACAUGUUGAACCUUGAACUGGCCAAGAAAUGCCAGGUCCAGGUCAACGACUUCAACUACAGGACUCGCCUGCACAACUGGACUUGUCUGCCGGACUCCAACGACGUGGUGCAGGCCAGGAAGGCUUAUGACUUACAGAGCGACGCUGUGUACAAGGCUGACAUGGAAUGGGUCAAGGGGAUGGGAUGGGUGCCAAUUGGGUCGCUGGAAGUGGAGAAAGCCAAGAAAGCAGCAGAGAUCCUGAGCGACAGAAAGUACCGGCAGCAUCCCAGCCAAUUCAAGUUCACUGCCAAGACAUCAGAUAUGCCAUAUGCUCUCGCGCAAGCUAAUGCCCAGAAUAUGAACAAGAAAGCGUACACUGAGGCCUGGGAGAAGGACAAGCUCAACCUCCACAUCUUACCUGACACUCCAGAAAUCCUGCUGGCACAGCAGAAUAAACUCAACACCAGUCUGAAAUAUUACCGCGAAGGUUUUGUUGAUGCCAUCAACAAGGGCUACUUCCUUCCCAAAGAUGCCAUUUCUGUCCUAGCAGCCAAAACGUCCCGCGACAUCAUCAGCGACUACAAAUACAAGGCUGGUUUCCGCAAGCAGUGCGGCCACCACAUCGGUGCUCUGAGCGUUAAGGAUGACCCGCUGAUCAUGCUGGCCGCCCAUGUGGCCAAGAUCUCCAGCGACAACAUCUACAAGAAGGAUUUCAACAUGACCAAGACCAAGUACAACCUGCCAGUGGACAUGCUGACGAUCGAACUGGCCAAGAAAUGCCAGGUCCAGGUCAACGACUUCAACUACAGGACUUACCUGCACCAGUGGACCUGCCUGCCCGACUCCAACGACGUGGUGCAGGCCAGGAAGGCCUACGACCUGAAGAGUGAUGCUGUUUACAAAGCAGAUAUGGAGUGGAUAAAAGGCUGCGGCUGGUCUCCCCAUGAGUGCGUGGAUGUGAUCAAAGUUAAAAACGCCCAGGCUGUUCUGAACGACAGACUCUACCGCCAGCACCCAAGCACCGUCAAGUUCACCAGCGUUGUGGACCUCCCCGCUAUCGUCCUGUCCAAGCAAAACGCUGAAAACCUCAGCAAUAGGAAAUAUACAGAAGUUUGGGACAAAGAUAAGCUCACCAUUCACAUCCCACCUGACAUUCCUCCUUACGAGCUUGCCAAGGCCAACGCCAUCACUAUCAGCAAUAAACUGUACACACAAGCAUGGGACGAGCAGAAGGCCAAAGCCUGCCACGUCAAGGAGGACGCCAUAUCUGUGCUGAAAGCUAAAGCUUCCAGGGACAUCAUUAGUGAUUUCAAGUAUAAAGAGGGAUACCGUAAGCAGGUCGGUCACCACAUCGGUGCCCGCUGCGUCCAGGACGAUCCGCUCAUCAUGCUGGCUCUGAACUCGGCCAAGAUCGCCAGCGACGCUCUGUACAAGAAGGACUUCAACAAGUCCAAGACCAAGUUCAACCUGCCUGUGGACAUGCUGACCCUUGAGCUGGCCAAGAAAUGCCAGGUCCAGGUCAACGACUUCAACUACAGAACUUACCUGCACCAGUGGACCUGCCUGCCCGACUCCAACGACGUGGUGCAGGCCAGGAAGGCCUACGACCUCCAGAGUGACGCUGUGUACAAAGCUGACAUGGAGUGGAUAAAGGGCUGUGGGUGGAUUCCACACGAGUGUGUUGAUGUUGUAAAGGUGAAGAAUGCACAGAAGAUUCUCGCUGAUAGAGGCUACCGGGUCAAGCUGGAUGAACAGAAGUUCACAGUUCCCACUGACAGAGUUGACUUGGCCUGCGCCAAGAAUGCUGCUGAUGUCUUAAACGAGGCCAAAUACCGCGAAGCUUGGCACCAGGAUAAGACCAAGUACUCUUUGGUGGACACUCCUGGUCUUGCUACGGCCAGAGAAGUCGCUAAAAAUAUUCACCCGAAACUGUACACUGAAGCAUGGGACAAGGUGAAAGCCACUGGAUACUUCAUGCCUGGAGAUGCCGUACCAAUUAAACAGUGCAUCGAUACAACUAAAGUGCAGAGCAAGCAUAAGUACCUCGAGUCGUACCGCAAGCAGGUCGGUCACCACAUCGGAGCCCUGAGCGUCAACGACGAUCCGCUCAUCGUGCUGGCCAUAAACUCGGCCAAGAUCGCCAGCGACGCUCUGUACAAGAAGGACUUCAACAAGUCCAAGACCAAGUACAACCUCCCAGCAGACAUGCUGACCCUUGAGCUGGCCAAGAAAUGCCAGGUCCAGGUCAACGACUUCAACUACAGGACUUACCUGCACAACUGGACCUGCCUGCCGGACUCCAACGACGUGGUGCAGGCCAGGAAGAUUUACGACCUGCAGAGUGACAACGUCUACAGGGCUGAUCUGGAGUGGAUCAGGGGCUGCGGCUGGGUGGCAGCUGACUCUGUCGAUCACGUCAAAGUCAAGAAAGCCCAGGAAAUACUCAAUGAUAGGCUUUACAAGCAGAACGCCAAAGAAUGCUUUGGAAAAUUCAGCCUGAUUGUGGAUCGCCCUGAGAUCGUUUUGGCAAAAAUAAACGCCGCCAACCUCAGCGACCUAAAAUACAAAGAGAGUUUCAAUGCAGAAAAAGGUCAUUACAUCGGCUCGGAGGACACUCCUCAGCUGGCACACAGCAGAGAAAUGGCCAAGACCACCAGUGAGAAACUUUACAAAUCGCAAUGGGACAACUCUAAAGCUACGAGCUACAGCCUGAACCAUGAAUACAUCCCAUUACUGAGUGGCAAGAAGGGCAGGGAGAUUGCCAGUGACGUGAAGUACAAGGAUUCUCAUGAAAAAGCCAAGGGCCACUACAUGGCCGGGACCCUGGUCGACUUCCCCGAGGUGAUGCGCUGCGGCCAGCAGGAGAAAAACAAGGGACUGAGGGUCUACCAGAAGGACUACCACCAAACCAAGACCAAAAUCCACCUCCCAUCUGACAUCAUCGCCAACCAGGUGGCCAAGCGGUGCCAGGACAUGUUGAGCGAUGUCCUGUACCGCACCCACCUGCACCAGUGGACGUGCCACCCAGAGCAGGAGGACGCCAUCCGGGCCCGGAAGACCAAUGAGAUUCUCAGCGAUGUUUUCUACAAGGACGACCUGAACUGGAUGAAGGGCAUCGGUUGCUAUGUCUGGGACACGCCAGAGAUUAUUCGCGCUAAGAAGUCCUACGAGCUGCAGAGUGAACGUCAAUACAGAGCUGACGCUAAGAAAGAGUUCAACAACUACUCCAUUGUGACCGACACGCCUGAGUAUGUGACCGCCGUCCUGGGCCACACCUGGGCCAGCGACCUGAACUACAGGGAGGCAUAUCACAAGGAGAAGCACAUGUACACCACGGUUCUGGAUACGCACGAUUAUGCCAGAUGCCACGACUUCAAAUUGUUCUUCAGCAAUAAAAACUACACAGCCGCCUGGGAUAAGAUUAAGGCAAAGGGCUACAAGAUCCCAGUUGAUUCCAACGCCUUACAACAUGCCAAACAACAGAAGAUCGUUCUCAGCCACGUAAAGUACAAGGAGGAUUAUGAAAAAUUCAAGUCCCUUUACAGUCUGCCAAAGUCACUCGAAGACGAUCCUGCUACUGCUCGCUGCGUCAAGGCCGGAAAGUUGGUUCUAGAUCGUCUGUACAAGGAGAACUACGAGAAGAGUAAGGCCAAGAACCACAUCCCGCCGGACAUGCUGGAGAUCCUGUCCGCUCGCAACACCCAGGCCACCGUCAGCGGUAUCCACUACCGCAAGUACCUGCACCAGUGGAUGUGCAUGCCUGACAUGCAGAUGUACGUCCAAGCACGCAAAGUCAACGAGCAACUCAGCGACAUCUUCUACAAGGACGACUUGAACUGGCUGAAGGGCAUCGGGUGUUACGCCUGGGACACUCCAGAGAUCCUCCGUGUGAAGCAUGCUGGUGUCCUGCAGAGUGAGGCCAAGUACAGAGCCAAAGGUAUUGAGGCGUUCAAGGAGUAUAGCGUGGUGACGGACACUCCGGUGUAUGAAACAGCCAAGCAGAACGCUCAGAACCUCAGUGAUCUUCACUACCGUUACGAUUACAACGCCAACGUCAAGGGCAAGCACACCUGCCCUGCUGUCACCAUGGAAACAGAAAGAGCCCGCCUGGCCAAUCACAUCCAGAGUGACAACUGGUACAAAGAGGCCAACAAGAUCUUCAUGCCCACCGGUUACUCUCUGCCCAGCGACACGCCGCUCAUCAAGCAGGCCAAGAUGAACAGCGUCGUCACCAGCAACGCGAAAUACAAGGCGGCCUUUGAGAUGGUGAAGGCUAAAGCUUACACUCUUCACCCGGAAGGUGUCAACUUUGUCACCUCGAGAAAGGCUCACAAGAUCAUCAAUGACCGUCUGUAUCGUGAGGCUUACCACAAGCAGAAGGACAAGAUCCACACAACCUACGACACUCCGGACUUCAAACAGUUCAAGAUGAACCAACAACACCUCAGCGACCUGUGCUACAAGGAGAAAUACUACAACAGCCGAGGCCAGCUGAUAUCCAUGCCUAUCACGCCCGAACUCAUGCACUGUCAUCACGUCAAUGAGAUCACCAGCGAGCUGAGGUACAAAGAGGAUCUGAUGUGGCUGAGAGGCGUCGGCUGCUUCCUGUACAACACCCCGGAGAUGGUCCACGUCCGAAACAUCAACAAACUCAGGACGGGCUACCAAGUGGAUGCUAAGAAGAACCUGUCAAACUACACCGUGGUCCUGGAUACGCCAGAGUACAACCGCGUGACUGAGCUGAAGACUCACUUCAGUGAUCGCAUAUACAGAGCCCAGAGCAAGAAGGACAUGAUGAAAGUUUCCUCCAUCGCAGAUUCUUUGGACAUAAAGAGAGUCAAGUGGGCCCAGCAGCUGACAAACAAGUACCAGUACACAAGUCUGGCAUCAAAAGAGAGAGCUCAUUUCACUCCAGAAAUGAACACUCCAACUAAUCAACACGCGAGGAAAAUGAAAGUGGUUUUCAGUGAGAAUAAAUACAAAGAGCAAUAUGAAAAGAUGAAGCACAGGUACACCGCUAUUGCUGACACGCCCAUCCUGAUCCGGUCCAAGAAAGCCUACCUCCAGUCUAGCAAUCUGCGUUACAAGGAAACCUUUGAGCUUUCCAAGGGCCACUAUCACACCAACAAGGACGCCCUGGACAUCGUGUGCCACCGCAAGUUCACUGACGACAUCAGCGAGGUGAAAUACAGAGAGAAGUACAUCAGCUCUCUGGGCACGUGGAAGUCCAUCCCCGACCGCCCCGAGUUCUUCUUCAGCAAGAUGGCCAACGAUAACAUCAGCAACGUGAAGUACAAGGAGGACUUGGAGUGGAUAAAGGGCAUCGGGUGCUUCGUUUGGGACACUCCUGAGUUGGUGAUGGCUGACAGGAACAAGGCUCUGUACAGCGAGAGACUUUACAAAGCCUCAUUUGAGAAGAACAGAGGAAACUUCAAAUACACAUGCGACACGCCGUUCUUCGAGGCUGCAAGGAACGCCUCGACUCUCAUCAACGACAGGAUCUACAGAGCUAAUUAUGAGAAGACCAGGGAUAAGUUCACCAUAACCACAGACGAUCCCAGGUACCAGCUGGCCAGGGAGAACAGGAAGAUGAGCCAGUGGAAGUACAGGGAGCAGUACGAGCGCGCCAAAGAUAAGUUCACAUCUGUUUUGGAGACUCCUGAGUACGAGACUCACAAACGCAGCAAGAAGAUCACUGAUGUCAUCUACAAGAUGGAGUACAACAAGACCAAAGCUAAGGGAUACACCUUGCCUUAUGACACUCCACACCAGCAGCACAUGAAGAAGGUCAAAGAGAUCACUAGCAACCUGAAAUACAAAGAGGUGUACGAGAAGAGCAAAGCCCAGAUCAACAUGGACCCAGAGGCUCAUGACAUCCGUGCUGCCAAGGAGGCCUACAAGAACAUCAGCAAUCUUGACUACAAGAAGAAGUACGAGGCAACUAAGAACAAGUGGAUCUGGACAGCAGACAGACCAGAUUUUAUAAAUGCUGCCAAAAACACUCUGCAGCAGAGUGAUGUUGAGUACAAGUAUGACAAAGAGAUGAUGAAGGGCUGUGUGAUACCUAUAGCGGAUGACAAGUACACGCUCCUGUACAAGCAAAAUGCUGAAAUGGCCAGUGACGUGAAGUACAAAGAGAAGUAUGAGAAGGGAAAGGGCCACUACAUACCUGUUCUGGAUACCCCUCAGAUCCUCCAUGCCAAAGCCGUGCGCACGCUGGUAUCAGAGAGCAAAUACAAGCAGGAAAGCAAGAAGAUCAUGCAGUCCGGCUCAUUCACCAAGCUGGCUGAGACCCGCGAUACCGCCCACAGCAGGGAGGUCAAGAAGCUGGUCAGCGAGAAACAAUACAAACAGAAGUUUGAGAAGGAGAGAGGCAAGUCGGUGUACAACCAAAUGAUCGUGCCACCUGAUGUUCAGCACGCCAUGGACGUGGCGAAGAGUCAGAGCAAUGUCGCCUACAAAAAGGACGCCAAAGCCAACCUGCACUACACCACUGUAGUGGACCGUCCUGACAUCAGGAAAGCCACCCAGACUGCGAAGCUCGUCAGUGAUAUCGGUUACCGCGAAAAGGCGCGCGAAGAGGCCAGUCGUGGAGGCUCCCUGAUCCACCGGCCAGACAUCGCUUUGGCGACCCAUGUGUCCCAGCUGACCAGUCAGGUGAAGUACAAGGAGAAGUUUGACAAGGAGAUGAAAGGGAAGAAACCUCAAUUUGACCUGAAGGAGAGCAAGAUUUACAAAACCCUGAAGGAUGCCAAUGACCUGGCUAGUGAGGUGAAGUACAAAGGUGACCUGAAGAAGAUCCACAAACCUGUGACUGACAUGGCCGAGUCUCUGUCCAUGCAGCACAGUCUGAGCACCAGCAAGCUCUCAAGUGACUACCGCUACAAGAAGAAAUUUGAGGAGAGUAAGGGUCACUACCACAUGAUUCCUGACACACCAGAGCAACUUCAUCUCAAGGAGGCCUCUGAGCUUCAGAGCAACGUUAAAUACAAGGAGAAGUACGAGAAGGAGAAGGGCAAACCCAUGCUGGACUUUGAGACUCCAACUUAUGUGACCGCUAAGGAGGCCCAGCACAUGCAGAGCCAGAAAGACUAUAAGAAGGACUAUGAGGAGUUCAUGAGGGGAAAGAACCUCUCAGGCUUGGAGGUCACCCCUGCCAUGAUUCAUGUCAGACACGCCACCAAAAUAGCCAGCGAGAAAGAGUACAGGAAGGAUCUAGAGGAGGGAGUGAAGGGUAAAGGGCUAACUGUACUGGAGGAAACUCCGGAGCUUUUGAGGGCAAAGAAUGCCACUCAGAUCCUGUGUGAGAGAGAGUACAAGAAGGCACUGGAGCAGGAGAUCAAGGGCAAAGGAAUGCUGGCUUUGGCGACCGACACUCCGGACUUUAUGCGAGCCAGGAACGCCACCGAAAUCCUCAGCCAGACUAAGUACAAGCAGAUCGCCGAGAUGGACCGAGCCAGCUACACUACCGUCAUCGACACGCCGGACAUCAUCCACGCUCAACAGAUGAGGAACAUCGUCAGCCAGAAAAAAUACAAAGAGGAAGCUGAGAAGACGAUGUCUCACUACGUGCCGGUCCUGGACACUCCAGAGAUGCAGAGAGUCCGUGAGAACCAGAGGAACUUCAGCACUCUUCAAUACCAGAUUGACCUAAAAAACACAAAGGGCAAAGUGUUUACUGUUAAGGACACUCCAGAAAUGCUCCGUGUUAAAGAAAAUACAAAGAAUUUCAGCUUGAUUCAUUACAAAGAAGACGUGGGCGGAGGGACGGCUCUGCCUGAGACCCCUGAGAUGGAGAGAGUAAAACGCAACCAGCGCAACAUUAGCACGAUACAAUACAAGGAGUCUGUGGGUCAAGGCACAACCAUACCAGACCUGCCCGAGGUGAAGCGGGUCCGAGAAACCCAGAAGAAUAUCAGUCUGCAUCGUUACAAAGAAGGAGUGGGACAGGGCACGUCCGUGCCGGAGACGCCGGAGAUGGAGCGAGUCAAACGCAAUCAGCAGAACAUUAGCACGAUAAAAUACAAGGACUCUCUGGGUCGAGGCACGGCCAUACCGGACCUGCCCGAGGUGAAGCGGGUCAGAGAAACCCAGAGGCACAUCAGCUCGGUGUUGUAUAAGGACAGUUCUGCCAAGGGAACGCCCGUGGUCUUUACUCCUGAGAUGGAGCGGGUCAAAAGGAACCAGGAAAACAUUAGCUCGGUGCUGUACUCGGACAGCUUCCGCCGGCAGGUGCAGGGCAAGGCCGCCUUCGUUCUGGACACGCCCGAGAUGAGGCGCGUCAGAGAGACGCAGCGCAUCAUCUCCGGAGUAAAAUACCACGAGGACUUUGAGAAGAGCAAAGGCAGCUUCACCCCCACGACCUCUGACCCCGUGACAGAGCGCGUCAAGAAGAAUACGCAGGACUUCAGCGACAUCAGCUACCGUGGCAUCCAGCGGCGCGUGGUGGAGAUGGAGAGGAGACGCGCCAUGGAGCACGACCAGGAGACCAUCACCGAUCUGCGGGUGUGGCGCACCAACCCCGGCUCCGUGUUCGACUACGACCCAGCAGAGGACAACAUCCAGUCCAGGAGUUUGCACAUGAUGUCAGUACAAGCACAGCGCCGCAGCAAGGAGCACUCGCGCUCCACCAGCGCCCUGAGCGGCAUGGCCGACGAGAAGUCUGAGGUGUCGCAGGACGUCGACCACCACCUGUCUCUCUACAGCAACGGCUUCAUGGCCAGCUCAACGGGCUACCAGCAGACCAGGACUGUGGAGGUGCAGCAGAGGUCAUCGUCCGUGGCCACCCAGCAGACCACCGUCUCCUCCGUCCCAUCACAUCCGUCCACCACUGGGAAAACCGUGCGCGCCAUGUACGACUACGUGGCGGCAGACAGCGACGAGGUGUCGUUCAAAGACGGCGACGUCAUCGUCAACGUGCAGUCCAUCGACGAGGGCUGGAUGUACGGCACCGUGCAGCGCACCGGCAAGACCGGCAUGCUGCCCGCCAACUACGUGGAAGCCAUCUGAGAGACAAAGCCCGCCCAUCGUCCCUCCAGAGUGGGCGAGACCCAUCCACAGGGCAAGCUGACCGGUCUUCCUGCCUUCCCAACCGUAGCGUAGUGCACUCUGUAGCUUUUCACCGUCUUGUUGCUCUUCAACAGUAUUUGAAUUGUGCUGUGCUUCUCGUUAAGUCUGUUGCCGUGCUUCCUGUGGAUGUGACAUAAGCUUCAUGACGUGACGUUCAACACCGGUUUCACACAACACGCCUACUAUAGAUGACAGACUGUUUCAGAUCGUUCCAAGACCCCGCUGCGGGGAAACAACGACUCGCUAGCAGACAACCUGACCCCCACUGUUUUGUACAUUUUAACGAUUUGAUACCGUAAUUUAAUGUCCCGUUUUUGUCCAAGCCGCCGUUUAACUUCUGAGAACUCUGGACUGAACCCAGUAAUGACUAAGAUCUGAAUGAGUUUAAUGAAUCAGAGUUAGUUGUGCCACUCACAUCCUCCACGAUCAAACCACUCCAAAAGAGUUGUAUGAAUUAAGCCUUCUUUUAAAAUGAAGGCUGGCUGUUAGCAUUUUAUGUGUGUUUUGUUUCUUCCGAUUAUUUGGGUCCUGACUGAAGGCCGACCUCUACGUUUAAUCAGUAGUUAAUAAAACACACAACCUCCUGCAA